UCUCUCUCGGCUUUCUGCUGUCCCUGUUUAUCUCUGUUUGCUCAGCCCUGUUUAUCUGGAGGAAGAUGAGGCUCUUGAAGAGGCAAUACAGCGUAGCCUACUAGAAGAGUGUGAUAGACCUGCUGUUAAUACUUUAAAGUCAUCUGAAAUGCUGAGCAAAGAAGAAAUUGCAGGCCUUCUACAAGCUCACAGUGAGAGAGUUAUUACAUUGGGAACAAGACAGAUCUGUAUCAGUCGAGCCAAUGUUUGGACCACAGCCUUACGUGUGUUUAAGAGACCUGGUUUUGCAGAAAGCUGUGACAGGCUCUAUUUUAUAUUUGCAAGCGAUGAGCAUGAUGCUGGGGAAGAUGCUGCUGACCUUGGGGGUCCCAGACGAGAGUUUUUCCGCUUACUGGUGAAGGCUAUCUUCCAGGACAGUGGCGCUUUUGAAGGCACACCAAAUGGAUGCACACCAAGACUGAACAUGCUCCACUUGCAAAAUGGAGUGUAUCGAACCAUUGGCAGGAUGAUGUCUACAAUAAUAGUGCAAGGGGGUGAACCACCUGCAUUCCUGUCCCCGAGUGUGGUGGACUACAUUGUGUCUGGGGACAUCCUUCAAGCUCACGUGACACCUGAUGAUAUAGGUGACCCUGAUUUAAGGGAGAACCUCAAUAAGGUUCAACAUGCAACCUUGCAGGAUGAUUUGGAGAAAGCAGUCAGCUGCUGUGACUCAUGGCGAUAUCAAGUUGAGGGUCUUCCACUCGUAGUCACCAUGGCCAACAGAGAUGUGUUUGUGAAAAAUGCAGUUCUAUAUCAUACUGUUGUGCAACGGCAGAGCUGUCUUGAUCAACUAAUUGAUGGCUUGUCCCACUAUGGAGUUUUAUCACUCUUGAGAGAGAACCCCAGCUUGCGUGUGCUGCUUGACAUACCAGGAGAGGACAAAGGUCAAGAAGCUGAUUUUGUAGCUGGUAUUCUCAAACCAUGCUACUCUGCACUGGGGAGCAACAGAAGAGCUAAAGAGGAGUUGAUGGUGGUCAAAUUUAGGGAGUUUCUACAAUGUGUUGAAAGUAAAGAGCUGAGAGACACAUAUGGGGACAGGACUCUAACAAACGAUGAGGAGGCAUUCCUGAAGACUUUGAGCCCUGGUCACAUCCUGGCAUUUGCUACAGGGAGCAGCAAAGUCCCAGCCAUUGGUUUUCAUCCAACUCCUAAGUUAAUAUGUAUUCAUGAUGAAAACAAACAUCUUCCCAUUGCGCACACUCGUGCUAAUGAGCUUCACCUUUUUGUGAAUGCAAAAACAAUGGCUGAUGAUGAUGAAUUUAACUACAGCUUCCUAGUAGCACUAAUGAAUGGAUCUUUAUUCAGCUUCAUUUAAACAAGACAUUUAACAGCUACCAAUUAAAGUACAAGGCUUAUUUUUUGCAAGCACAACUGGAGCAUAAGUGGAAUGUCCUAAUUUUGAUUUUUACUGUAAAUCUACUAAUUUGCUUAAAUCAGUUCAUUUGUAAAAGAACCCCUGCAGUGAAAUAGAC